GUGUGGUCUUUCCUUCAGAGGGCCAAGCUGUUCUUCUCAACAACAUGGCACCCACACGCAGCCCAUGGUUGCUUGGCGCGACUAUUCUUUGUAUCAUCUCCAUAUUUGUACCAGUAAUUACAAACGGUAAAUUCGUCCGCAAAAAUGUCGACAGCUUGACCCAGGAUGAAGUUGUCAGUCUACAAGUGGCCUUAUAUUCUAUGCAAAAGGACGAAGGUCCAACUGGCUUCCAGGCUAUUUCAGCCUAUCACGGAGAACCGGCCGACUGCAAAGCUGCCGAUGGUAGCACAGUGGUAUGUUGCCUGCAUGGUAUGCCUACGUUUCCUUUGUGGCACAGGCUGUACCUUGUACAAUUCGAACAGGCUAUGGCAAGUCAUGGGUCAACUCAUGGCGUCCCCUAUUGGGACUGGACACAGCCGAUGUCCGAACUGCCGGCACUGGUGCAGCAUCCGUUGUUUAUUGACCCCAGCGGCGAGAAAGCAAAGAAAAAUGUCUUUUAUUCGGGUGCCAUUGCUUUUGAGAAGAAAUCCACUGCAAGAGCAGUUGAUGACCAUCUUUUCGACGCUUCACAUGGAAAGAAAAACAGCUUACUGGAGAACAUCUUGAUGGCUUUUGAACAGGAAGAAUAUUGUCGAUUUGAAGUUCAAUUCGAGGUAGCUCACAAUCCAGUGCACUUCUUAGUUGGCGGCAGAUAUACUUAUUCUAUGUCUAGUCUGGAGUACACCUCAUACGACCCACUCUUCUUUUUGCAUCAUUCCAACGUUGAGCGUCUGUUUACUAUAUGGCAAGCGCUUCAGAAACAUCGAGGUCACGAUAGCAAAAUUAACUGCGGUUUGAACCUGUUGCAUACUCCCAUGGAACCGUUCGGACGAGAUUCUAACCCGAUCGAACUGACCAAGAACAACGCUAAGGCAGCCGAUAUAUUUACUGCCGAUCAUUUGGAAUAUAAUUACGACGAUCUCACAUUGAAUGGAAUGAGCAUUUCCGAAUUAGACAGCUUAUUAAAGGAACGUCAAUCUCAUCCGAGAUCUUUCGCCAACUUCCGACUGGGCGGCAUCAAGACAUCUGCUAAUGUCCAUAUCUCGGUGUGUAUCCCGAGCAAAGAUUCAAGAAAAAGUGAUGACUGCCAUCACGACGCUGGAGAAUUCUUCAUCCUUGGUGGUAAAAGAGAAAUGCCAUGGGAUUUCGGUUAUCCUUAUCUUCAUGACAUCACCGAUACUGUCAAGUCGUUAGGAUUGGAAUUGGAUGGAAACUAUUAUCUGAAAGCCGAAGUAACUGCCAUCAACGGAAGUCAUCUGCCUAGUGAUAUUAUUCCGAAACCAAUUGUUACCUACAUACCGGAAGUUGGACAUCACGACCCUGAGAUGAUCAAAGUUGAUAAAGCUGAUGUCAAAAUACGUAAAGAUGUCAGUGUCCUCACUAAGGAAGAAGAAUAUGGAGUAAGAAUUGCCAUGGAACGUUUUAUGUUGGAUAAAUCCAUUAAUGGUUACCAAGCUCUGGCAGAAUUCCACGGUCUUCCUGCCAAAUGCCCGCGACCAGAUGCUCCAAAUCGUAUUGCUUGCUGUGAACAUGGAAUGGCUACAUUUCCUCACUGGCACCGGCUUGUAAUCAUGCAGCUUGAGGACGCCCUCGCUGACAGAGGAUCUACAGUUGGUGUGCCAUAUUGGGAUUGGUCAAAACCCAUCACCCAUCUGCCCUCUUUGGUUGCUGAAGAAACAUAUCAAGAUCCUUUCACAUUGGAAAGUAAACCGAAUCCUUUCUUCCGUGCCUCCAUCGACUUCCUCCAUUCCGGGGUCUACACUACACGCGAUGUUGAUCCAAGAUUGCUGAUCCAACCAGCCAAAGGUGACCAUUGUCCACUAUACGACGGUUUGUUAUUGGCCUACGAACAAGAUGAAUACUGUGACUUCGAAGUUCAGUUCGAGGUUACACACAAUUUUGUUCAUGCUUGGAUUGGUGGCAAAGAGGCCUACUCCAUGUCGUCACUGCAUUAUACUUCGUUCGAUCCUCUCUUCUGGUUACAUCACGCCCAAGUGGACAGGUUAUGGGCCAUAUGGCAAGCACUGCAAAUACACAGAAGAAAACCAUAUAAAGCAUAUUGUGCCAAUUCCGAAGUGCAUCGACCUCUCAAACCAUUCGCUUUUGAGUCUCCCUUCAACAAUAACGAACACACCAGAGCACAUGCAAUACCCACCGAUGUGUACGACUACCAAGCCAACCUUGGCUAUACGUUUGAUAGCCUGUCGUUUGGCGGCAUGUCAAUUCGAGAACUGCAGAAACACAUCGAUGAAAAGAAAACCCAUGACCGGGUAUUCGCCGGUUUCCUCUUCGGGGGUAUUAAAACAUCGGCAAAUAUCGAUCUUUAUGUUGUGGCAGCUGGUAACGAAUAUCUAGCUUCACCAAUUUCUAUUCUUGGUGGCACCAAGGAAAUGCCAUGGAGAUUUGAUCGAUUAUUCAGACAAGAAAUUACAGAUUCCCUCAAAGCUUUGGGUGUUGAUCCAUUUGGCGAUUUCACUCUCCGUGUCGAUAUCAAAGAUGUCAAUGGAACUGCUUUACCAUCGACCAUUAUUUCACAACCGAUUGUCAUAUUCGAACCCGGCAAAGUUGAAACAGACGUUAAAUUUGACGAAAACUUCCGUACAAGAAAAGAAGUGUCUACUCUAACAGCGAGCCAGAUGGCAGCUCUGCGAGAAGCCCUGGAAAAAUACGAAGCAGAUAAAACAGCGAAUGGCUAUCAACAAGUGGCUGCCUUCCACGGUUCUACAGAAUGGUGUCCCAGUCCUGACGCCGAACAUAAAUAUGCUUGUUGUCACCAUGGAAUGGCCACGUUCCCACACUGGCACAGAUUACUUACAUUGAACUUCGAAAAUGGUUUACGACGAAACGGUUAUGACGGUGGAAUUCCUUACUGGGAUUGGCUGAAUCCGAUCAGCGCACUUCCGAACCUUGUAGCUGAAGAACAAUAUACCGAUAUGAAUGGCGAAACUCACGUCAACCCAUUCUUCAGUGGUUCGAUCGACCAUAUAGGAAAGACUACAUCUCGUGCUCCUUCAGCUGACCUUUUCCUCCAACCGAAAUUCGGUGAAUUUACUUCUUUGACCAAUGAAGUAAUCUACGCUCUUGAACAGGAAGACUUUUGUUCGUUCGAAGUACAGUUUGAAAUUGCACAUAACCAUAUCCAUGCUUUGGUUGGAGGUACUGAGCCCUAUUCAAUGUCCUCUCUCGAGUUCACUGCUUACGACCCAAUCUUCUUACUGCACCACUCAAACGUCGAUAGAAUCUGGGCCAUCUGGCAAGCUUUACAGAAACAUCGAGGAAAUGCAUACAACUCUGCCAACUGUGCAAUCGAGCUUCUUCGUCAACCGAUGUCUCCUUUCAGUUUGUCAAGCGACAUCAACGUUGACUCGCAAACCCGUGAACAUUCCGUUCCUUUCGAUGCGUUCGACUACACGAAAAGCUUCCACUACGAAUACGACUCACUUGACGUCAGUGGCAUGUCCAUCCCGCAAUUACAGACAGAGAUUAACAAACGUCGAGCUAAGGAUCGUAUUUUCGUUACUUUCUUACUGGAGGGUCACAAACAGUCCCUUCUCGUUGAGUAUUACAUCCGAUUGCAUGGAAGUACUGACCGAAAUAAAGCUGGUGAAUUCUACGUAUUGGGUAGCGAGAACGAAAUGCCAUGGAAGUUCGACAGAGUGUACAAAGCCGACAUUACUAGACAAAUGGAACACCUGCACCUCCAUUACAACGAUCUCUACCACAUUGAAUAUACACUGAAAGACAUGAGUGGUGCUGAAGUGACAAGUCUUGGUUUAGAACCUGCAGUCAUAUUUGAACCUGGAUUAGGUCAUUAUGGCGAAGACCGUGCCUGGAUCGAACCUGUGACGAGUGCUAAUCGAAUCAGGAAGAAUUUGGAAGAUUUGGAUGUCGGUGAAAUUGAAUCUCUGAGAAAUGCUUUCAAACAGAUCAAGAUGGAUGGUACAUAUGAAAGAAUAGCAGCUUUCCACGGACUUCCUGCUAAAUGUCCGAACGAAGACGGUAGCAAAGUGUACACGUGUUGUUUGCACGGUAUGCCCAACUUCCUUCAUUGGCAUCGUUUAUAUACGGUGUCUGUUGAGCAUGAACUGUUGGCUAGAGGUUCUUCAGUUGCCGUUCCGUACUGGGAUUGGCUGAAGUCUUUCGACGAAUUACCGAAACUUAUCAACGAAGCUACGUUCUAUAAUUCACGCACUCUUCACAUUGAGUCCAAUCCUUUCUUCAAUGGAAAGAUAUCAUUUGAAAACACAGAAACUGACCGUGACCCUCAACCGAAUCUCUUCGGAAACAGCUAUUUUUAUGAACAUGCACUGUUCGCCUUUGAACAAACAGACUUUUGUGAAUUUGCCACUCACUUAGAAGUCCUUCAUAACAGUCUCCACUCUUGGCUUGGUGGUCGAGAUCCUCAUUCCAUGUCGUCACUUGAUUAUGCAGCCUACGACCCCGUUUUCUUCCUUCAUCAUAGCAACAUGGAUCGUCUCUGGGCCAUUUGGCAGGAACUGCAACGCUACCGUAAAUUACCCUAUAACAGUGCCAACUGUGCUCUUGGACUGCUCAACCAACCAAUGCGUCCUUUCAGCAACAAAACUGCAAACUCCAAUCUUUUGACCUUCACUCAUAGCAGAGCAAACGAUGUGUUCGACUAUCAGAAUGUGCUUCAUUACAAAUACGACUCACUCGCUUUCAACGGUCUCACUGUUAUUCAACUGGAAAAUCUCUUGCAACACAACAGACACCAACAAGAUCGUGUUUUUGCAGCAUUCUUGUUGCACGGGGUGAAAGCUUCUGCCGAUGUUAGAAUUUACAUAUGUGCUCCGACUGGCCGGAACCAAGAGAACUGUGCCAACUACGCCGGAGUGUUUUCCAUCUUGGGAGGAGAAUCGGAAAUGCCAUGGAGAUUCACUCACCUCUUCCGUUACGAGAUCACUGAUUCACUAAUGAAAUUAGGGCUCAACCACAAUAGUCACUUCCGUAUUUCAACAGAAGUUAGAGCUGUAAAUGGAUCGAAGAUAGAAAAGAAAAUAUUUCCAGAACCAACCAUUAUAUUUGUUCCGAAACAUGGUGCCCAUUCCGAGAGCGACGAGAAGAAAUUGGUACGAGCAAACCUUAUAAGAAAGAAUAUAAAUCGUUUAUCUCUUGAGGAAAUCGAUUCUCUUAUGCACGCUUUAAAACGAAUGCAAAAGGACAAGUCUUCAGACGGUUUCGAAAGCAUAGCAACUUUCCACGCUCUUCCACCGAUGUGUCCGAACCCAACAGCGAAACAUCGCUACGCCUGUUGCCUCCACGGUAUGGCCACUUUCCCUCAAUGGCACCGUCUGUUUGUCGUUCAGUUCGAGCAAGCUUUGCAAAGACACGGCGCCAAAGUCGGUGUUCCCUACUGGGACUGGACUUAUCCAAUGUCAGAAAUACCCAGCUUCCUCGCCUUAGAGAAAUACGUCAACCCAUACACAGGUAUCGAAAUGUUCAACCCUUUUAACCACGGUCACAUAUCAUAUAUCAGCAAAGAGACUAUGACCCACCGUGAUAUCAGCCCACAUAUGUUUGAAAAACCCGAAUUGGGAAAACAAACUUGGUUGUUCAAUAACAUUAUUUUGGCUUUAGAACAAACGGAUUAUUGCGAGUUUGAAAUUCAAUUCGAGGUCGUUCAUAAUGCUAUCCAUUCUUGGCUGGGUGGUAAAGAAAUGUACUCGAUGAACCACCUACAUUACGCUGCUUAUGACCCAGCUUUUUACUCCCAUCACGCCAACGUCGACCGCCUGUGGGUUAUUUGGCAGGAACUUCAGAAGUUAAGAGGUCUUCCGGCUUACGAAUCCAACUGUGCUAUUGAAAUGAUGUCGAAGCCACUGAAACCUUUCUCGUUCGGUCCUCCCUACAAUUUGAACCCUCACACCUAUAAAUACUCUACGCCCUCAGCCGUCUUCAAGUACAAAGAACAUUUCCACUAUGAAUACGAUAUGCUGGAAAUGAAUGGCAUGUCGGUUGCACAACUGGAAGCUUACAUCAGGACUCAGAAGCAAAGAGAACGAAUGUUCGCAGGGUUCUUAUUGAAAGGAAUCGGUCAGUCGGCCUAUGCUACUUUCCAGGUUUGUGAUAAAAAGAAUUCGUGUCACGACGGCAGCCAUUUCUCCAUUUUGGGUGGAAGCGCGGAGAUGUCAUGGGCUUUUGAUCGUCUUUAUGUGAUGGAAAUUACCGAUAUUCUUCAUGAUAUGGGAUUGAAAUUCGAUUCUCAUUUCCACAUCCAUCACCAUAUCAAGACAGCUAAUGGAACUGAUUUACCAUCAGACUUAAUCCCACAGGCAACCAUUAUUCGUAUUCCUGCAAUGAGACUAGAGAAACAAAGAUUUAUUCCACACAACAGAAUUCGCAAAAACAUCAACUCCUUAGAAGAACGAGAUGUCCAAAAUAUCAUGUCUGCUUUAACACGUAUGAAGGAAGAUGAGAGCAAUUUCGGAUUCCAGACUGUCGCAAGUUAUCACGGUUCUACAAUGUGUCCAGAUCCAGAGAACGCGAAAUACGCCUGUUGCCAACAUGGUAUGGCAACUUUCCCUCAUUGGCAUCGUAUCUAUGCACUGCAAUUCGAAGAGGCUCUACGAAGACAUGGUUCCAAUGUUGCAAUUCCUUACUGGGAUUGGACAACGCAUUCUGAAAAGUUACCAAGUGUUUUGUCCAGGUCUGAUUACUAUGACGCUUGGAAUGAUGUUGUGAUUGAGAACCCUUUCCUCAGGGGUUACAUCAAAUCAGAAGAUACAUACACUGUACGUGAUGUUCAACAGGAAUUAUUUGAACUGGCAAAGGGAGGUGAAACGUCUUUGCUGUACGAUCAAGUUCUACUAAUGCUGGAACAGGAAGAUUUCUGCGAUUUUGAAGUCCAAUUCGAAGUCGUUCACAAUUCUAUUCAUUAUCUCUUGGGUGGUCACCAGAAAUAUGCCAUGUCCAGUUUGGUAUACAGCUCUUUCGACCCUAUAUUUUACAUCCACCAUUCUAUGGUCGACCGUAUUUGGGCAAUUUGGCAAGAAUUACAAGAAUACAGAAAGAUGCCGUUCGACAAAGCUUACUGUGCCCUUGAUCAAAUGUCUUUGGCUAUGAAACCAUUCACCUGGGAAUCAAAUCCCAAUUUGGCCACGCGAGCUUUGGCCACACCAAGUAUGUUGUUUGAUUACAAACGUUUUGGGUAUAAAUACGACAAUCUCGAGUUCCAUGAAAUGGAUACUGAACAUUUGGAAAUAGAAAUUCAGAAAUUGAAACAGAAAGACCGUGUAUUCGCCACUUUCUUACUCCACGGCAUCAAAACCUCGGCCGACGUCCACCUGAAAUUAUGUGACGACAAGAGUUGUUCAGCAGCUGGUGUUGUGUUCAUUUUGGGUGGAGAAACUGAAAUGCCAUGGCAUUUUGAUAGAACAUAUAAAAUGGACAUCACAAAGGUUAUGAAAGAGAAAGGUAUCGCUAUGGAAUCUCUUUUCCAUCACGACAGUAAAGUACAUUUGGAGAUGGAAAUUAUAACAAUAGAUGGCACUGUUUUAGACCAGAAUUCUUUGCCUAAACCGUCGUUGGUAUAUUCUCCUGCUAAAGGAUCUGUGCACCAACAUCAUCAUCAUCAUAAGGAAUACGCCGAGGGAACAAUUGUUAGGAAGAACGUUAACAGUCUGACACCGUCAGAGAUUGACAACUUAAGACAUGCUUUAAGUGAUGUAAUGGCUGACAAAUCUGAGAACGGUUACCAGAAGAUUGCAGCUUAUCAUGGCAUGCCACUUAGCUGUAAAUACCCGAACGGUACGGCAUAUGCUUGCUGUCAACAUGGAAUGGUAACAUUCCCUCACUGGCAUAGAUUGUUUGUGAAGCAAAUGGAAGACGCUUUGAAACUGAAAGGUGCCAAAACAGGUAUUCCUUACUGGGAUUGGACGACGCCGUUCACUGAUCUGCCAACAUUGAUCACUGAAGAGACAGACAAUCCGUUUCAUCACGCACAUAUUGAUUCAGUUGAUGAGAUAACGACUAGAGCGCCGCGACACCAACUAUUUGAAGGUCGACAUUUCUUCUACGAUCAAAUGAUGUUUGCACUAGAACAAACUAAUUUCUGCGACUUUGAAAUCCAGUUCGAAAUCUCCCAUAAUGCCAUUCACUCGUGGGUAGGAGGCAGCUCUCCUUACAGCAUGUCAACUCUUCAUUACACCUCAUACGAUCCACUCUUUUACUUACAUCAUUCAAACGUGGAUCGUAUCUGGGCCAUCUGGCAAGCCUUGCAGAAAUAUCGAGGACUUCCGUAUGAUAGUGCCAAUUGCGAAAUCCACAGACUUAAAAAACCUCUCAAUCCUUUCAGUUCCGAUGCCAACCACAACGAGCAAACCAGAACUCAUUCGACAGGAGAAUCUUCUUUCGAUUAUCACAAAUUACACUAUGACUAUGAUAACCUCAUCUUCCAUGGUAUGACGAUUCCACAGUUGGAAACAGAAUUAAUGAAAUCCAAAAAGAAAGACCGAGUCUAUGCUGGUUUCUUAUUGCGUACCAUUGGACAAUCUGCUGAUGUCGAAUUCGAAGUAUGUCGCAAAGACGGAGAAUGCAAAUUUGCAGGCACGUUUUGCAUUUUAGGCGGCAAGCACGAGAUGUUCUGGGCGUUUGAUCGACUGUAUAAAUACGACAUUACCAGCACUUUAGAACAGCUCCGUCUCCAUGCUCACGAUCAGUUCAGUAUAACAGUCUCUAUAAAGGCUACUGAUGGAAGUACCCUGGCUCCCAGCCUGAUACCACCACCAAGUAUCAUGUACCAUCCAGCUGCAGCUUGAAAUUCUCCUUGUAAUGGGUUGCUCUAUUUUCUUAUAUGAAACACUGAAGUACGCUCUCUGAUGCAACAUGCAGCAGACGAUUAUAAGUAACUUUACAGCUACCACUCUAAACCGAGAAAGAUUUCCGAUACUCAAACCUAUUUUUGUUAUUAUUAUUGAAGAUACAUUUCCAAUAUAAUCUUUAUAUCAAUAAAGCUACCAUCAACACUCGA